AUGAGUACAGGUUAUCAACACGCGCUUCGGAAUUACAAAACAUUGUAUGACAAGGAACUUGGUGCUAAAGAAACUAUUCGUAGAUACAAUGGCUUCAUACCGGGACAUCCCAAGUAUGACGUCAAACUUCCUCUAACUGACCCAAGAAACCACUAUAUUCCGUAUCGAGCGAUACCACAGGCUGAUUUGGAUGUGCCAUCCUUCACGAUAGAUCGGAACACUGUGUUUUAUCCCAAAGUGGAAGUGACGCUUUUCAAAUUGAACGAUAAUGUCAACAAAACGUUUCUCCAGCAAUUGGCUGCGAAAAUUGCACCACCUGUCGAUCUCGAAGUUUUUUAUCAUCCAGUCACGAAGAAGCAUAUGGGAAUGGCUAUGAUUGUUUUCACAACGUUUGCAGAAGCUCAUAAAUUCGUGCUUGAGUACAAUGGCAAAAGUAUCAUGGGAGGACAAGUGAUCUGCUGUCACGACCCUUACUCUAUCACGCAUCAACUUUUUACCGAGAUGAAUUGUGCAACAGCGCAGCAAACUCAUACUGCCACGCCAGGGCCUCAUAUAAUGGAGUGUGCAAUGGAUGAGCAUAUGGAAACGAAGUCCAGUUCUGUUCCGACAGCUCGACUCGCUUCAUUCCAUACUGAGAAGCCCAUCGAGACUUGCACUCCUGAUCCAGAUAUCUCUCUACGGUAUCCAUUUCUAUUACUUAAAUUUACAGAAAUAUGA